AUGAAGUCCACAAUAAUCUUUGCCCUGUUGGGGACGACAGCCCAGCAAGUGGCUGCGCACUCCAUUUUUCAACAGCUUUGGGUUGACGGCGCUGAUAUGAUAAGUUACCCUUCCAAACUACAAGUUCCGCGGUCCAACUCGCCAGUCACCAGCGUUGGUAGCACUGACAUGAGGUGCAACGUUUGGGGAAGCCGUGGCGUUGGAGGCAAAUGCCCUGUUCCGGCAGGAGGCAUAGUGACAAUCGAGAUGCAUGCUGUGAGUCUGACCAAUAAUUUUCCCUCACAACCCGGCGACCGCUCCUGCAACAACGAAGCCAUCGGCGGCGCGCACUACGGACCGGUCAUGGUCUACCUCAGCAAGGUCAGCAACGCCGCAACGGCGGAUGGAUCUUCUCCCUGGUUCAAGGUCUUUGAGGAC